AUGGCUCGAACCAUUCCUAUGGUUGCAAAUAGGCGUCUGAAACUGCCCUGUCGUGCUGUGCUGUUCGAGUUUAUCGUGUGUAAUCUCGCUUAUGGUAUCGAUGUUGAAGAGACGGAAGCUGAAAUUGCAACAUUCAAAGAAACCCAUGCUGAAUUGAUAGAACGUAACAAAAAGAAACUGGAUGAGGAUCAGUUGUGGAUAAUGCAGAAUCUUAAGGAAGAUCGAGAAAUGAAAAAUCGUGUGGACCAGGCUCAUAACCAGGAAAAUGAACUUGAAGAAAAGGAGGAGGCUGCAAGGCGGAAGAAGCGGAACAAAGAAAUUUUGCAAGACCGUAAACGUAUGGCCGAAUCCAUGUCCUUUUCCACUUCGCAACGCAUGUCUGGACGAGCAUUCGAGUAUAAACCUCCUCGUUUACUGAUCAAUGGUCCUCCACUCCCAAGCAAAGAAGACCUUGAAGCAAAGGGUUACCUGCAGCAUAUACGUGCUGCUAGUUCGGCUCGUGUAGCGGGAGGGUUCACAACGCAUACUGGUUGUCUCCGAGCGCUCUUCGAUAGUCGCGUUGAUCUUCUCAAAAUGACCGAGUCAGUAGAUUUAUCCCUCGCUUAUCAAAAUAUAUCAAUAUUCUACAGUGGAGUGAACAAUGAAGAAUCGGCAGCAUGGCUCAAUAGCAUGCAAAGCUCUGUUCAAGCAUGGACUCUUUGCGACCGAAUUCUAUGCGAGCGACGAGAUCCUCUGGCAUGUUGCUUUGCAGCUCAGACGCUUCGGCAAAAAAUAAUGAAAUCUCUCGGUGAAUUACCGAAGGAUGCAUAUAUGUCACUCAGAGAAUCAUUAAUAUCACAUUUAAGUUGUAUCGAUGUGUCAUGUCACGAUCAAGUGGCAGACGCCACUGCUACUCAGCUAUGCCUCGCCGUAGCCGACCUCUAUAUUCAGGUUCCUGAAUGGAAAAAUUGGGUCAACGAGCUGCUUCAGCGGUACUUUCCUUUGUAUCUUGAAGUGCUCCGUCGAAUAUUUUCUCUCUUUUUAUCACUUUUCUUUAAAAUUGGAGAGGUUCAAUGGAUCUUUCCUCAGUUCUGUACGAAGCAGUUCAGGUUCUCCGCUCUGGAAGGGGAUAGAACUCGCAUGUUACUGACUUUGCUGCGAGUUUUCUCAGAAGAGGUUCAAUAUAGCAAAGUUGGCGAGAAUCGUCGAAAUGAGAUUCGUAGUGAACUCGCUGCCAGCGGUGCAAGCGUGAUUGCGUACCUGUCACAAGUUCUGGAAGGUUACAUCACUGAUCACGAUAUGAUAAAAAAAGUUCUCUUGUGUCUCUCUGCGUAUCUGCAAAAUCCCGCCCUCUCUACCGACCAGUUUGCUGCCAGUCCGCUUCUCAAUAAUGUUUUCCAAAUACUUGCAGCUCCGAACGCGCCGAGUGCCCUGCACGAUGCCGCCACGGAAUGUGCUGUCUCUGCCCUUGUUCGUGCUGAAGACCAUCACUCCCACCAAGCCUUGGCAAUGAGUCUCCAAGCAGCUGUAUAUCAGUUGCAUGGUGCUUUCAAUCAAGCAGUUGCUAUGGAAGAUAUGGACAAGCUGCAAAAUUUUGCCCGCAUCUUCGUAGAACUUGCUGAGUCACUACUUGAGAAGAUUGUUAAUGAAGGCAGUGAUGAUCCGAACAGUAUGGGUAGCAUCUAUACUCUCGAGCUUCUCCUUUUAUUGGCAGGUCAUCAUGACUACUCGUUGAUCGAGAUGACCUUCAAUAUAUGGUAUCGCAUUUCGGAAGGGCUGUUCAGUUUUGAGGAUGAUCAGCAUAUAGAAAAGUUCAAGCCGUACGUUCAGAGGUAUUUGACAGCACUUUAUCGUCACUGCCGUUACGAUACAGAAGAAGAAGGAGUUCCGGACCGUGACGGAGACUUCGCUGACUUCAGGCUAAAGGUUAGAACAUCAACUUCGUCUUUUCUUUUCCUAGACGAAUUUCGCUCACUAUUUGUCUUCGCGAAG